AUGGGGUUCUUCAGCAACCUGCGAUCUGCCUUUGGGCUGAUCCUGGGCUCGACUUUGCUGCAUACCUCCAUCGCGGCUACCUUCACGCCUUUUGCUGCCCCUUCGUAUCCCCUAGCUGUUCGUAAUCCAUAUUUAUCAGUCUGGCUCCCUGGGGAUUCAGCAUCGGAUCUUCCCUCGAGCUCCCCCAAGUUCUGGUCUGGAGGUGACUUGACUUGGUCAGUCAUUGCACGCGUAGAUGGACAGGCGUAUAAUCUAUUUGGUGUCUCCAGUUCGCUGGAUAACUCCAAAGCAGCCACUGUAACAGGUGCCAGCUUCACCUCAACGCACAGCACGUUCACGCUCGAGGCAGGAUCCAGGACAUUCACUCUGGACUUCCUGUCUCCCGUGUCGCCCAAGAACCUGCUGCGACAGUCACUGCCCUUUGCUUAUCUCACCAUCUCUGUCAGCGGGGCAUCUGAUGGCUCGUCUGUUCAAAUUUACUCUGACAUUGACUCUUCCUGGACUGGCCAGCCGGAUAACUCCAAGUGGCAUAUCACUACCAACGAUACAACAUCCAUCUACCAUCUCGGCCCUGUGAAUGGAGCUACGUUCUCUCAGACUGACCCAGGCCAGGCUCUCUGGGGUGAGACUGCGUAUGCCACGCGUCCAUCUAACCAGAGCAACCUCACUUCAGCUUCUGGGCCUUUAUCUAGCAUUCGCUCGCAAUUCGUUAGCAAUGGAGCUCUUAGCAACUCCCACGCCGAAUGGACUUCAGAUGGAGUGGCUGGAUUUGCUCACGACUUGGGUAAGGUCACCGACAAGACCUCCGUCACUUUUGCUAUUGGCCAUGUGCGAGAGAGGGUGAUCGAUUACGUGGGAAAUGCACAGGCUGGAUAUUAUUGGGCAAAAUACCCGGGCACCGUCCAGGUCGCUUCUCAUUUCCUUGAUGACUAUGCGGGUGCAGCAAGCGAGUCGACGGCUCUGGAUAACCUGAUUCAAACGGGGGGUGAGGACGCAUACGGAUCCAACUAUUCUGGCAUCCUCGCCUUGUCUCUGCGCCAAGUCUUUGGUGGGAUUGAGGUGACUAUUCCUCAUGACUCAUUGGACACCUCGAAUCCAAGUGCUUUCAUCAAAGAAAUCUCCAGUAACGGCAACAUCAAUACGGUGGAUGUCAUCUACGCUACCUUCCCCAUCUUCUAUAUUUUGAGCCCCGAGUUCAUCAAGCUUCUCAUCAAGCCCGUCCUCGAAUACGUGACCAGCGAUGCUUACUCUGAGGAAUACGCCGUGCACGACUUGGGCACACACUAUCCCAAUGCUACAGGCCACGACCCUAACGGUGAAGCCAUGCCAAUCGAAGAAAGUGGUAACAUUAUCCUUCUCACCUACGCCUACGAAAAGGGACUGGGUCAAAGUGAUAUCUCCUCCAACUACGGAUCUCUGCUUCAGCAAUACGCUCAAUACCUUCAAAAUAAUGGCCUCUAUCCAGCAUCACAGCUAUCUCUGAAUGAUGCCCUUGGUGAGGUCGCCAACCAGACAAACCUGGCUGUGAAGGCCGCCUCUGCUCUUGGUGCUUAUGGUGAUCUCACUUCGCAAACCAACUACACGAAUCUGGGCAAGGAAUUUGCCGACAAGAUCUGGACGGAUAGAUUGGGCACUGAUGCCGACGGAACCUACUUCACCUUCCAGUAUGGCAACGAUACCUGGUUCGAGACAUUCAACCACUACCCAGACGUGUUAUUCAACCUGGACAUCUUUCCCCAGGAAGUAUACAAUGCCACCUCGGCCUUCUACCCAACUGUCCGUCAAGCCGGAGGUGUCGCGCUGAAGCAGGAUCUCAACUGGGGCCAGACAAACUGGCAGAGUUUCGUGGGUGCUACAGUUACCGGCGAAGCACGAGAUCAGUAUGUUGCAGACCUACACGCCUACAUCUCCAACGGCCUAAACCCCGCACCGUUUUCGGAUCGAUACUGGGUUGCGGAUAACGGGGAGUAUAAAGCUGGCGAGUACUAUGUGUUCCGGGCACGACCAACUCUGGGAAGCCAUUUCGCUCUUUGGGCUUUGAAGGGUGCGAACCAGUGGUCUGACUAG